AUGCCUCCAACCAAAAGAAAAGCCACCAACGCCCUUGAUCCAACCGAGCGCAAAAGAGCACAGAACCGUAUUUCCCAGCAAUGUCUGCGCGAGAAGAACAUCACUUACAUUCGUAACCUGGAGGAGACGAUUGAGCUGCUGCAAAAAGUGGCUACUGGCUCGGAUCCUCAAGAUCGGUACUCUGUUCUUCUUGAUGCGCAUCUUAAGUUGAUAGCUGAGAAUCGGAAGCUGGAAGAUGCUUUGUUGAGACUGAGGAAGAAGUUACUCAGCUUUGGUCAAGCGGCUACUGCCGCGGCCGAUGACGAGGUCUUUGAGUCUAUAUUUCGGAGGAGAGAUGCUGAAAACCCAGAAGCACAGCAAUCUGUACCGCGGACGGAAGUAGUCAACCACGAAACACCUCCUGCUCUUAAUCCCUCGAUCAACAAUCAGUCUUUUGAGGACGCACCAGAGCAAGCCAACCAGACAGAUAUAUUUAAAGACGCGUCAUUUCUUCUGGAUCUAUCGAUGGCGGGCCAAGAGCACGAGGCUUUGACCCCGAGCACAAUGCAGCCUGGCGAUACCUUCUUAGAUCCAGCCAUGUCGUCUCUAUCACCGAGAUCCCUUUUGUUUGUCCCGAAUCAGCUCAGUAUCACGUCAAUGUCCAUAUUUGGCUCUAGACUCCUUGGUGCCUGUCGUCGGCAUUUGAAUAACCUGCACGACUCUGGAGAUCAUGCCGAAAUGGUCGACAAGAUAAUCAAGACUGCUGUGCGCUUCUCUAUGCGCUGCGCAGGACUGGAAUCGUAUGCCUAUGGAGUGAACGGGGCUAAAUAUAUCGAAAAGGUCAUAAGUUGGCGUCUUGGAAUCGAGUCCAAGAAUUCCGUUCCACUGCCAUUCCGCCCUACACCCCUCCAGUCCAAAAACCCCACGCACUUCUGGGGAAUUGACUUAUUCAACUGGCCCGAAAUCAGAGACCAGCUCGUCCUCGAAGCAGAAACCACUGAUUUCGACGAACUCCUCAAAGACCUAGUCUUACACUCGGUCAUCGAACCCGCCAACCACAGCGUCGCAGUCAACGUCCUCGACAUCUUCGAAAACCAGGUCCUGCGCCGCCGUCAACACCAAAAAGUCCCGCCCAGAAGCUACUUCACCGAUCCAUCAUGGACACUAUUACAGAUCGGCCCUGAAGUUGGGGAAUGGUACUCUUCUGAGCAUGAUAUAGUCGAAGAAGCUAUCUUCCAAGAACUAGAUCGUCAGAUAAACACGGCGCCGAGUCCGGAUGAUAAUCCUGUGGAGGAGAGUCGCGCAAACGACGUAGCCAAGUUUCUGGGUCUAGAUGACUUUUGCGAGUGGAAAUUGAGUAAAGAGUUUGCAAGGAAAUAUCCAAAGUUGGAUUGCUCGACGGGUAAGUGA